CUAUGAACAGCACGAUGGCAUGAAAGAGAUGAAGCUGGAGGUGAAGACAACGGCUGAUAAGUUGAUGAAGAGAUUUGCUGAGGGUCUGGACAGGGCGGAUUUGAGUCCUGAUAAGGUAGAGAAGACGGCAGAUCCUGUGGAGGGGAAGCCAUCAAAGGAGUUCAAGACCGAGGUGCUCACUGAGGCCAUGCGACUUGCCCACAGUCGGAAAUUGAACAAGAAACUCGAGGCGGAGUUGCGGACAUUGAAGAAGGAACACAGGUCAUCUUUCAGUGCGCUCAAGGAUAUGAUGAGAGAUUUGGAGCAAAUCAAGGAGAGUGAGAACAAACUUCUGAAGACGGAGAAAGGCAGCACGAAAUGUUGUGCUGACCAUUCAGAGAUUCUGGACAGCUGCCGAGAGAAUCACUCGAGCAAAUUAUGCCACAAGGGUGAUGGCCAGUGCACGUGUUACUACUGCACAAUCUUUGGGCAUACCGUACGUAAAACUCGUAGUAAAAAUAGGGAAUGUAAUCAUGGGCGAAACAACGAGACGAGAGACCGACUGAGAAAGAGGCUUCAUCAAAUUCACAACAACAAAGAGAUGAAGCCGAUGAAGAGCUUCAGUAAAGUCGCGCCUGGUCUGUUCAAGAGUGUUGCCAAUUCAGCAAAAUUGAACACCGCCACGUCCACUCUGAAGGAAAACACAGGUCCAGCAAUUCCCAAUCCGGCAGUUUUACAGCCACCGACCAGAAGAAAGCUCCUACCGAUGCCGACAAAGGAUGUGCCACUCAUAAAGCCUGCUACAGUUGGUAACCUGAUCAGUGAGGAGACUGAGGUCAAAGUUGCGCCGAAGCCACCACCGCCGCUUCAUUCUUGCAACAGCAGUGCACCAUCGUCAAUUGGUCGAAGGGACAGCAGCAGUUGUGGCACUGUCGAUGGAACGUCUCCUCUGAAUGACAUUCUGCAGUUUAUCGAAGGAGCUCCGGCGCCCAAGGCGUGUGAUGGCAAGGAUUCCGACAAGAAGGCAGCUAAGAAGGAGCGUCAAAGGCAGAAGAAGAACGAAUUGAAAAAGAUGGAGGAGCUGGAGAUACUGAAAGUGCAGUACCAUGGCGAUUGUUCGAAGGAGACGGAUGCAAAGGCGGAGAUGAAGGCACUGAAGUCGGUGAAGAAGAAGGACAAGAAGAAGAUAAAUGAGCAGGAGGCUGAGCUGAAGCGACUAACGAGGAUCAAGUCCAAGACGGAGUCGGCAAUAUGUGAAAUAAUCUGUGAGAUUCGGGAGAACAAUCCUGAUUUCAAUUUCAAUUACCAGCCGCCAAAAGAGCCAAAAGUCAAAACUUCCAGCAAGGCAGACAAGGUGAAAUCCCAAGCGAGUCCUUGCCCACCACCAGUCCCUCCGCCGUUCAUCUCACCACAGUUUCAUCCAAUUUCGGGAAAAUCUACUGUGAGCUCAUACGUUACCUCGGGUCAAAACCCAUCGCAGAUGAACUGCGAAAUAUCGUUGGAUCCCACGAAGCGAAUGGUCACUAUCCGGAGGAUCAAUUUGCCGCAUGCUGAGCCUCAAGUGACAGUGACAGCCAAGGGUGCGUCACCGGAUAAAGAUCAGCUUUUGUACUCCUUUAUAAAUGGACAAAUGGUUCCGGCGUCUUCUCUGGACCCAAUGCUACUCAAGAGUCUUCAACCUACAACCUACAAUAUGCAAGAGCAGUACCAAGCAAGUCUGCAGCAGCAUAACAAAGCGAUGCAAAGUCAGCCUGUUUGCCGGGAUGAAUGUUGCGUCGUACCGCCACGUCUUGCUCAACUGCAAUCUCAAGUAACUAGCAAGACGAAGACUUCGAUAAAGAAGCAGCCAGAGCCGCAAAGCAGCAAAAUAAUGGAGACGAAGGCUGUUCAAGCAAAGAGUCAAGAAAGUACUCAGAAGUUGACGAAGAAGCAGAAGAAGGCUGCAGAGGCGGCUGAGAAGGCUGAAAAGGAGGCAAAGGCGGCCAAGGCAAAGAAGGCGGCUGAGGAGGAGAAGAAACUAAAGGAGAGCAAUAAGAGUAAGACAGCCGUGAAGCAGAGUGUGAAGGAGGAGGUGAAACUUGAGAAGAAGAAAGAUGUCAAGAGUGAUACUAAAGACUCUAAGAUUGUGAAGGAGAGCAAGAAGACUAAGACUCAGACGAAGAAGAACUCCGAGGAAAGUGUUCCGGAGCCUUCUCGCCAAGUCUAUGAAAUUGAUCCUGAGUUCAAAGCCAACAAAUUUGGUGUUCUGGACACUGAUGAGUUUUCUGACAUGGAAUCAACUUCUUCCGAUAUGCAUUUGUCACCUGCACAUAAAGUUCCUGAACGGUCACCGGCUAAGGAAGUCCAGAAAAAUCCGCCUAAGAGCAAGCAGAAGGAUAAAAUGAAGGAUGAUACAAUUAAAAUUGAGAAGUCUUCGGGAGAGCAAAAGAAAGGCGCCAAGAAAGGAACUCAAGAGACUGUUGUUCAGUCGAAAGUUGUUCAGGAGGAGCCAAGCAAUCCGCCACUGACAAAGAAGCAGAAAAAGAAACUUUUGCAGCAAGAGAAAAAUGCUAAGAUAAAGGCGGAAUCGGCGGCAACAACAGCAAAAGCGUCCGUUGAUAGGAAUGUCUCGAGGGCGGAGAAGGUCGCGAAGUCUCUCUCGAAAUCAAUGUUGAAAUUGCAUUUAAACGCUGAUACUACCAUUGAACUGGUGAAUGACUGCAAGAGUCCUGAUAAGCAACAGGGCAACAAUAUCAGCAUAAUGGAGCAAUUGAAUAGAGGAAUUAAGGUGGAAGGAUUGACGCUUCCUCCAGGAAUCACUCUAACUCGGGUGGAUCCCUCAAUGGCAGAGGCUGUGAAGGCCAAGAAGGAGUCAAUCGGAAGGUUAUGCACUCCAAUAGCUGGCCAGCAGCAGCAGCAAGUUGAACCUCCGAGACAGCCACCUCCGCACAUGCUGAUGACCAACGCAAUGAAUGGCGGCGGCGUUCCGUGUGGGAUGGCUCCUGAUGGCACGGGAUUGAUCAUGGUUGAUCCGAUGAGUAAUAUGCGGAGAGCAGCUCCGCCUCCAGCUCAACCGUCGGCGGAGGAGCUGAAGAAGUCAAAGAAGAAGAACAAGAAAAAGGCGAAGGGUGGCAAGGAAGAUCCUCCGCCUGGCAAUCGUGCUCGUCGUGAUAGUGAUGGUCAGAAGCAAUCGUCGAAGAUUAUCACACUGAGGAAUCCCAUGUUCCAUGCUGUCACGGAUGCUAUUCGCCAUCAGUCAAUUCCCAUGAGACCACAAUCUGUGCCGGGCAUGACUGGAGAUCCUCCGGCGGCGAUAAUUAAGAACGAAAAUGGAAUGUUCACCAUCAGGAAUCCGGCUCUCCACCAGGCACUCUCGAGUGGGGUGGGCACAAACUUCCGUCAAUACAGUCCCAAUGUCUACUGCCCGACUGACGGACAGGAGAACUUCUCCUACUUCUCAGACGGCCUGGGUGGAUGCAAUGGGAACACAGGAAAGUGCAAUUCGGCGAUUGGGAGUGAGAUGAGGAGUGCACAGCAGAAGCAGGUUCCGUGGGAACCUCAUGCUGGACAUCAGCAAAUGGACAGUGGUCAACAGGAUCGUGACAGUGCCUUCAAUAACAUUCACACGCACUUUAGUCAAUCCUCUGGACGAUCCUACUCGCCUUUCGACAAUCAACAGUCAUACGGCUUCAAUGGGGACUUCCUCAGCUCUUCGCAGACUCCUCAAGCCCACCAGCAUGGAUACUUUGGCAGUGGUGGGCAGAUGAAUGGAGGCUCUGGUGGGUACAGCGUCUUCUCGGGUGGCGAGUGUUCGGCACCUCAUCAGCCAGUGAUAAACACACAAAGUCGCUUCAGUGAUGCCGACGAAGCGGAACUCAGCGCGAAGUUAAGCGAGCUGUCAUUUCUGCAGAAUCUCCAACCUGGCCAGAGGCUUAACUCAGAGGUGACUAUUCACAACAUAAGUGAAUCGAAGUUUCUGCGGAAUCAGUCUUCGGCGGCCGCUAAUGCUGGGUCUAAUAAGGUGGAAAUCACGAGGAUUCCCAACUCAACGGCAGGCACAUGUGAUAAUCUGAAUUUGGCCGUGGGAAGUCAUCGUUCCGGGAGGAUGCAAGGCAUGAUGAGGACCAGCAAUGGGUGCGCAAGCAGCAACAAUGGCAGUGAGAUUCUACCAGAAUUUGGAGACAGCAUUUUUGCUCCCAAUCAGAAAGUGAACUUGAACGAGCUGGAGUCCGAAGAGAGGGACAUCGAGACAUUCAAGAGAUUCAACUACUACUUCGAACCGCCGAAGAACAAACCGAAAGUCAAUCUCAACCUGAAGGAUAUUGUGCUGAACAAGAAGAAAUCCUCGCCUGAGAGUCCCUCCAUGUACUUUGGCGGCACUGAUGGGAAUUCCAUCACGAGUACGCCGAGUCUGGAUGAGAUGAUGCAACAAGAGUACGGGGCUUCCCACUCAACGGACAUCCUGAUGGACGACACGUCUGGCAUUCAUGAGAGCUGCAACGGACGCGAUAGUGACAGUUUGGGUGUGAUUGGGAGUGGUCUGAAGGCGACAAUUCACGGGAAUAUCGCGUGA